AUGAUUUUUGACAACAACACUGUUGUGAGUCACUUCAUAUUAUUGGGUUUUUCUGAAGUUUCAGGAGUGCAGCCAUUGCUAUUUGCACUACUUUUGGCUAUCUACGUCAUCACUCUUUUCUCCAAUGGUCUUAUCAUUGCAAUAAUAAAUGCUGAUCACACUCUUCACAUGCCUAUGUAUUUCUUCCUUACACAGUUGUCCUUCUUGGAACUUUGCUAUACUUCUGUUACUAUCCCAAAGAUGUUAGAAAAUCUGAUGGUGGCACAGGCAACCAUUUCGCAAAUUGGAUGUGCUUUACAGAUGUUGUUCUUCCUCCUCUUUGGAGUAGCCGAGUGCUUCCUCUUGGCUGCGAUGUCCAUUGACCGCUAUGUGGCCAUAUGUAGACCUCUGACCUACCAAACUGUCAUGAAUAAGAAAGUGUGUAUGCAGAUGGUGGUUGGGUCCUGGGUCUGUGGGAGUGCUGUGGCAAUAGGACACACCUCCUUUAUGUUCAGCUUGCCAUUCUGCCAAAUUGCUAUCAGUCACUUCUUCUGUGAGAUUCAGCCACUAUUGGAACUUCUCAAUGAGGUUCAAGUUAUUGCAGUGGCUGUACUGGCAAUCAUGGUGCCCUUCUGGAUAAUCAUCUUCUCAUACAGCUGCAUCCUUCACACCAUUUCCAAGAUGUCUUCAUCACAGAACAAAUACAAAGCUUUCUCUACUUGUUCUUCACACCUCCUGAUAGUCAGCCUCUUCUUUGGUACAGCUGGUUUCAUGUAUUUAAGGCCAAAAUCCAGUUAUAGACCAACAACUGACAAACUCUUGUCUCUGUUCUACGCAGUUGUGACUCCACUGUUGAACCCUAUUAUCUACAGCCUAAGGAAUAAGGAAUUCAAAAGAGCUCUGUGGAAACUAUUUAAAAAGGAUUUCUCUCACUGA